AUGGUCAACUCCUGCUGUGGCUCUGUCUGCUCUGAGGAGGGCUGUGGCCAAGGCUGCUGCCAGCCCAGCUGUUGCCAGACCACCUGCUGCCAGACCACCUGCUGCAGGCCCACCUGCUGCCGCCCCAGCUGCUGUGUGUCCAGCUGCUGCAGGCCCAGCUGCUGUCAGUCUGUGUGCUGCCAGCCCACCUGCUGCCGCCCCAGCUGCUGUGUGUCCAGCUGCUGCAGGCCCAGCUGCUGCAGACCCCAGUGCUGCCAGUCUGUGUGCUGCCAGCCCACCUGCUGUCGCCCCAGCUGCUGCAUCUCCAGCUGCUGCCAGCCUUCCUGUGGUAGUUCUAGCUGCUGUGGCUCCAGCUGCUGCCGCCCCUGCUGCCGUCCCUGCUGCCGCCCCUGCUGCCGCCCCUGCUGCUGCCUGCGCCCAGUCUGUGGUCAGGUCUGCUGCCACAGCACUUGCUACCGCCCGACCUGUGUGAUCUCCACCUGCCCCCGCCCCAUGUGCUGCGCCACCCCCUGCUGCUGA